CCGCCGCCUCAGCCUCCGCCGCGCCACACGCAGAAGGCAAGGGAACCGCGAUGGACGCCGCCACCGCGGGCAGCAAGGAGCGGGAGGCCGCGCAUCUCCUGGCCGAGGCCGAGAAGAGGGUGAAGUCCUCGCACUCCUUCCUCAGGGGCCUCUUCGGAGGACAUUCAAAGGUAGAAGAAGCAUGUGAAAUGUAUACCAGAGCUGCAAAUAUGUUCAAGAUAGCCAAAAACUGGAACGCUGCAGGAAACGCAUUUUGUCAGGCAGCCAAACUCCACAUGCAACUACAGAGUAAACAUGAUUCAGCAACCUGUUUUGUAGACGCAGGCAAUGCUUUCAAAAAGGCGGAUCCCCAAGAGGCUAUCAACUGCUUAAAUGCCGCCAUCGAUAUUUACACAGACAUGGGCCGAUUUACUAUUGCGGCCAAGCAUCACAUUACCAUUGCGGAGAUUUAUGAAUCUGAGCUCGUGGACAUUGAAAAAGCUAUUGCCCAUUAUGAACAGGCUGCAGAUUACUACAAAGGGGAAGAAUCCAACAGUUCUGCUAACAAAUGUCUGCUGAAGGUGGCUGGAUAUGCUGCUCAGUUAGAGCAAUAUCAGAAGGCAGUUGAACUCUUUGAACAGGUUGGAACAAGCACUAUGGACAAUCCAUUACUCAAGCACAGUGCAAAAGAUUACUUCUUUAAAGCUGCCUUGUGUCACUUUAUAGUUGAUGAGUUGAAUGCUAAGCUUGCUCUGGAGAAGUAUGAAGAAAUGUUUCCGGCCUUCUCAGAUUCAAGGGAGUGUAAACUAUUGAAAAAAUUACUGGAAGCUCACGAGGAACAAAACUGUGAAGCUUACACUGAAGCGGUUAAGGAGUUUGAUUCAAUAUCUCGCUUGGAUCAGUGGCUGACAACCAUGUUACUUCGCAUUAAGAAGUCCUUUCAGGAAGACACUGACGGGGACCUCAAGUGAAUUGUCAGUACAAUUUGUGGCACGUGACAUGUCUGCUGAAGUAUACUGUGUUGUGGCCAAGGACCAUUAUCGGAUACUUGGAUCAAUGCUUCUAGCUUAACUGACUGGUGUCUUGUUUAGUACCCUGUUGUGGCUCGUUCGGUGUAACUAUGGACAUGAACUAUAUAUAUAUU